CACUUAUACAUAGAGAGUUGAUGGAGUUGGAUUUAUCUCCCCAAGUCGCGGACAGCACCGUGUAUGAAGGCGAAGAAGGCGGAUACUACGCUUGGACGCCCGCCAAAUCUCCGGCCAUUCUCCACGCCAGCCUCGCCGCUGGAAAGCUUGUUUUGCGUCCCCGCACCUUUGCUCUGCCUCACUAUGCAGCCGCUUACAAGAUUGGUUAUGUUGUCCAAGGUACAUGCACAGUUGGACUUAUAUUCCCAAAUGACCCACAAGAGAAAAUCCUAAUAAUCAACCAAGGAGGCGUCAUUCCAGUGUCGAUGGGAGCUAUUUCCUGGUGGUUUAAUGGUGGAGAUUCUGAUAUUACCAUAAUAUUCUUAGGGGAGAGCAGCCAAUCCUACAAUCCAGGCCAGUUCGACUACUUUUUCCAGACAGGAUCCCUUGGUGCUCUAGCGGGAUUCUCCACCGAACUUAUUAGUAAAAUAUAUUGUUUGAACGAAUCGGAUUCAAAAAAGCUUGCGAACAGUCAAACUAACGCAUUGCUUGUCAAGAUUGGCGAAGAAAUAAAUAUGCCCCGCCAAUCCAAUUGCGAAACUAAAGACUAUGUCUUUUAUUUUGAUGAUUUAAUCUCUUCUGGUGUUAAUGGAUCGACGUCUGGAGUUAAUCACGCUGAACUAACUGCGAAGAAUUUCCCUUUUCUUGACAAAAUAGGGCUUAGUGCCAGUCUGGUGAGGCUCGAGCCCAAUUCUGUAUUGGAUCCGUAUUACAGUACAGAUGGAUCACAUCAAAUUAUUUAUGUUACGAAAGGCAGUGGUCGGAUUCAAAUCGUGGGCCUUAAUGGCAACCAAGUGUUGGAUGCUCGUGUGCAAAAAGAUCAUGCACUUGUGGUGCCCAAGUUCUUUGCGGCAACUCAAUUAGCUGGUGAACAUGGAAUGGAAUAUUUUUGUGUUUUCACAUCUCCAAGGCCGAUACAAGGGCAGUUGGCUGGGAACAAAUCAGCUUGGAAAGCUUUAUCUUUACCUGUUCUUCAAGCUGCAUUGAAUGUAUCUCCAGAGUUGGCGAAACUUUUCAAGUCGAAGAUAUAACAAUUCCUUUUGAGGAAUACAACCUAUAUUAUGUAUUUGAGUAUGGUAUUUGUUAGGAGGUGAACACCUCAUGUA